UAUAAAGAGUUCACAUGUAUUUGAAUUUACGACAUAUUGUAAUGUAAGUUUGUCAAAUGAUUUUACCAAAGACGUUAAGAAAAAGUCCACUUAAGACAGUAUAAGGAAUUCACAUUAACCAUAUGCUCCUUCUUGUGCCACAUUGCGAGGAUCAACCAAUAAGUCGACCAACGUUGGAAUGGAUAGUGUCAAGACUAGCGAUGCGUCAAUCUCAUUUAACGUGACGGGACGACGCCAGAUGUGACGACGAUGAUACAAGCGAUGACAAUGAUCUCAGGAACGAAAACAAGAUCGGCGACGAGAGGUGCCACGACAUCAGGAGAAUGCUGUUGAUUGUAGAAUCGUCAUCAAGGGACAGUCAGCGACACGACGUAAUUUCGUUACACGAGCCCAUAUUAAAUUGUGGAUGGCCAAAACCAGUGCUUGACACUCUACUGAAGGUGCUUGAGGUACUCAUACAAAAGCAAUUGACAUGGAGGUCGACAAAGAAAAGGCAAGACAAGCAAGACUUUCACGCCGAUAUAUUAUUAUGCAAAGAGACAACAAAACAAGGGUCGCGAUAGCACUCCAAGAAAAUAACGACCACAACCAACAAACACCAAUGUCCAUAGUAAAUAGAGGGUCAUCCCAGUCUCACGCAUAUUGUCGCAAAAGGAGGGCUAACAAUGCUGAAUCUUCAUCCUCAUCGCGUCGCAGACAAAGAUCAACAACAGUGACCAGUGAAUGUAGCAUCCAAAGAACAGCAGUAUACCUCAAUACCACUACAGCAGAUGUAACGGCUAUGGAAAGCAUCAACAGUAGCAACAUAAGUCAAAGCACAAGUCCAACGCUACAACAUCAACGGAAGUACAACACAACAUGGAACUUUGGUGGACCUAAAGAAAGAUGUUCCCAUUGCUCUGCAAGAGUAUGGAUUGAGGAAAGAGUGAAAAGUGUUGGCUCAGUUGACAACCCAAAGUUUAGCAUUUGUUGCCAAAGGGGGAAGGUGCAGGUUCCGAAGCUUAAAUAACCUCCACAAUUGUUAUGGAACCUCCUAAACCCGGAAGGGGGAUCUCGGAAUAACAAGUUCAAGGAGAACAUAAGGGAAUACAACUCUAUCUUUGCAUUCACAUCAAUGGGAGGAAGGGUAGAUAUGAGUAUUAACAGAGGGCCCGGCCCAUAUGUCUUCCGCCUACACGAGCAAAACUACCACAAGAUGGGCUCAUUACUUCCCUCCCUUGGUGAGCAACCAAGAUUCACCCAACUGUACAUUUACGACACUGAAAACGAAGUCUCCAACAGAAUCAACUCCGUCACAAAUGAAUCCACAACUGACCUCGACCCCGAAAUAGUCGAAGGCCUUGCAAAAAUGCUUUACGAAAACAAUGAACUUGCAAAGGUGUUUAGAAUGGAAAGGGAGAUAUUUGUGGAGGAUGACAUGACAAAUGUUCGAGUACGCUUAAUUGGUACGUGUUCGAAAGAUGGGAGACAAUACAACCUUCCAACUACACAGGAGCUCGCAGCGGUAAUUAUAGGGAGCGGUGACACAGAAAAAAACUGUAGAGAUGUUAUCAUUGAAGAAAGAGGGUAUGGGCUAUGAAGGAUAUCCGAAAAUCACCCCAGUUUCAUGUCCUUGCAAUAUCCUCUGUUGUUCCCUUAUGGAGAGGAUGGCUACAGAAUUGACAUCCCACAUACAGAUGCAGAGACGACAUCUAGGAAGAAAAAAACCAUAGUCACUAUGAGAGAGUAUUAUGCUUAUCGUCUGUGUGAGGAAGCAAUGACUCUCAUACUUUGUGGGAGAUUACGCCAACAAUUCAUGGUGGAUGCAUUGACCUGCAUUCAAGAAGUUAGACUAGAUUAUGUACGCUUCAACCAAGGUACAAUAAGAAAAGAAGUACUACGUGGGUUGACAGAUGCAUUUUCUCAGGGCCGGCUAAAGGGAGGUCCAGGCGGACCUCCAGCAUCGGGCCACAAAAUUUUAGGGGCCGAAAAAGAAAUUAUCUUGGUUUUUUUUUUUUGAGGGGAAAGAUUAGUGCUUCAUUAAUCAAUGGCUAAAGAGUCCAUGAGUACAUAUGGGGAUAUAUUCACAGGAUAAGAAUACUCCCAAACUUGUUCGAUUCCGAACGGCAAUAAUCUAGCUAGAUGGUGGGCAACAAAGUUCCCGUCUCUUUUAACAUGAGACCAAGCAACAAAUUCAAAGGAGGAGCUGAGAAACAGAAUAUCAUCUAGAACACCAUCUAAAUCCGAGAAGUAGGUAGUCCACUUAGUGAGGCGUGAGAUUAUUGACUGGUUAUCAGACUCAACUAUCACUUUGUUUAGUCCAUACCUCUUGGCGAGUUUGACUGCGAAGAGAAUUGCUUUGCAUUCUGCGAUUUCUGGAGGCCAUCUCCCUCUGACUCUUCGAGUUCCUGCAAAGAUUAUAGCUCCUUGUGAGUCUCUUGCUGUUGCCCCUAGGCCAAUCCACCCUUGUUCGCUCAGCGAAGCAUCGCAAUUAACCUUGACAAAACCAGAAGGAGGGGGUUUCCAAGUCCUGGGGCUGAUUGGGGAGGUGUUGCUUAUACGGUUGUAGAUGCGAUUGCUAUACUUUCCUUGUUCCUCGACGAGCCGAUUCACUCUUUCGCGGACCAGCAAAUGUGGGAUGUCUUUAUUAUUAAAGACUUUAUCAUUGCGCCUAUUCCAAGUCCACCAUAGCAACGCUGCUCCACGUUUUCUCACGGAGGCAUCCAGUUUCUGCCACUUUUCAAGUAUGUCUUUGAAAUCUGCAUUUUCAUCCUCACAUACUAGGUCCUCACAGUCACACUCCCUCCACAAGUCACGUACCGCUUGGCAAGCAAAAAGGGCGUGGUGCAUGGUUUCUGAAACUCCAGGGCACCAUGGGCAGUCCUCGAUUUCCAGCAUAUGGCGGUGCUUUAGAAGAGCACGGGUUGGGAGGGAGUUUGUGCAUAACCGCCAUAGAAAUUAUCUUGGUUAAACCCCCUGAAACAAAUAUUAUAUAUUUAACAGCUGCUUUAUUAUAUAUUAUGUAAUAUUUAUCCCAAUUGGUUAGGAAUUAUAAGUGUGGUAGCAAUGACCAGGGUUCAAUUCUUCUCUGA